CCGGAAGUGGCGCUGACGUCGCUGUGCGUGCAGGCGGCUGCGUCGGGCUGCAGGAGAAGAUGGCGGUCUCCACAGGAGUUAAAGUUCCUCGUAAUUUUCGCUUGUUGGAAGAACUUGAAGAAGGACAAAAAGGAGUAGGCGAUGGUACGGUUAGCUGGGGCCUUGAAGAUGAUGAAGAUAUGACACUUACAAGGUGGACAGGCAUGAUUAUUGGGCCACCAAGGACAAAUUAUGAAAACAGAAUAUAUAGCCUGAAAGUAGAAUGUGGACCUAAAUACCCAGAAGUUCCUCCAUCAGUUAGAUUUGUAACCAAAAUUAAUAUGAAUGGAAUUAAUAAUUCCAGUGGAAUGGUGGAUGCACGGAGCAUACCAGUGUUAGCAAAAUGGCAAAAUUCAUAUAGCAUUAAAGUUGUACUUCAAGAGCUAAGACGUCUAAUGAUGUCCAAAGAAAAUAUGAAGCUUCCACAGCCACCAGAAGGACAAACAUACAACAAUUAAUUUUAGUGGAUCUCAAACUUGUCUUAAAUCAACAACCUUCUACUCAUGUUAAUGUCUUGAUUAAAUAUCACAAUGCAAAAUACCCACACAUUAAGUAAAAGAAUUCCAGCUGGUAAACAUGACCUGGACAUUUGUAAGAAUAUAUUUAAUAUAUGUACACCAUUAUGUUUUCCGGUUACAGGAGGAAAAAUGCAGCACAAUUUUUUUUUUCUCUUGUUAAGGCACUAUCAUUUAAGCAUAAACCUGGAGUACUCAAAAUAGAAUUCAGGUUUACAAGAUGAAAGCAUGGAGAGAAGAAUCAGACGCUGUGGAAGCAUGUGUGUUUCUGAAAAGUAAAAACAAAUUUCAAGAGGAAAAACAGAAAUGGCAUGCUUUGUCCAUCUUACUUAGUGAAAGAGCUUCAGUUGAAAUUGUCUAAAGUAGCAGGUACAAUGAAUAUUGUCACAAAUUGUGUUAAUUUUUGAAGCAGUGUGGGUGCUACUAGUAGUAUCAAAAAAAUGUUCAGGAUUGUUUUGAUACCUGUAUUUAUAAUAAAAGAUGUUUGGGGGAGGUCGAUGAAUUUCUGUUAAAAGCCGUUCCUGUGUGUUACAUGUAACAGACAUGGUAAAUAUUUGUUUACAGUCUUUGACAAACCAUGCAUUUAAGUGAAAUCAACAAAAAGGAAAUAGGUGUAUGGGUAUGUGAUUUUGAGAUUAAAGUUAGUCUUAAAAUGUAAAUAAAAUGUGGAACAUGUCCUCAGAAACCGUGCCAUUUCUAUUAUAUGAUGUGGUAUAUGUAUAGUACCUUGCUGAGGUAGCAAAAAUUGGAAUUAUUAUAGCUAUUCAUCUAUAAACACCUUUAUUAUCCUAUUUUGUAUACUUCUUGUGAAUUAGAAUUUGCAGAGUAUUUGAGACGACAAAUUACCUAAUUAGUUUAAUUUCAUUUUUGGAGAAAGAGGAAUCGUGGGUAUUAUAUUUUAAAUUUUAGUUGGCCAGAAAUACUAUUUAAAAAUGUUUGGAUUCCAGCAGUUCUUAUAGAAUUAUAAAUUGCAAAUUAUCCGAAUACACAUUCCAUUCUCUUUGUAACUUCUUUUUUCUAUAAUUUUCUGUGACAUUUCUUCCCCCAGUGCUUCUAAUUGGGAUUAAUUUUAUCCAGUUUCUCUUAGCCUCCACUUUGACAAAUAGAAAUUCUUAAUUGAAAGCUCAUUUAUCUUCUCCCUUUACCAAAAUGACUCAAGGCUUUACGUAACUGUUUUUCAUUUCAAAGCAUAUACUACUUUGGGUAUACUACUUUGUUAAAAAUGUUUUUUUCUUACGAAUUCCCUGAAGAAAAUAGAAGGGUGGUCAGGUAUCAAGGACAAAUUUCUUAAAGAUUCCCUGAUAUGUUUUUAUCAAGUCAUUCAUAGAGCUCUGAGCUACUUUUUCUUGGUUAAUAAUACAUGAGUUAGUGACAGCUUGUCUAAACUUACUAAUUUCAACAUGGCUAUUUUUAAUUAUCAAAGAUGUCUAAAAUGCUUUCAGAUGACACAUAGAAAUGAUAUACCCACAAAUUAGUGCAUGUGUAAUUUAUUAAAGUAGGUUUGAAAUGAAUUAUUAUCUUGGCAUACUUUCUUAAAAAUUUUGAAUUGUUGAACUUGAUUUACAGUGACUUCAUAUGUAAAACCAUUACUGGUAGUCUAAAUUAGUCUAACAGCUUCUUUUCCACUUUGGAAAUAUGUCUUGUCAUACAGUGUAGCUAAUAACCAUUUGAAUGUUAAAUUAUAUUGGUAGGCUGAGAAUCUGGGUACCUUGAUCACUUAUUCUCUUUCCUUUUCCCAUAUCCACUAUUGUGAAGGGUUCUCCCCCCAAGUAUAUGUUGUCUGAGUUGGCUGAGGGUGUUUAUUUCCUCUGUUUUGUUUUUGGGACUGUGGAUCUCUGCAGAAAUCUGCAUGCUAAUUAGUUUCCAAAGCAGAAUCCAUUUUGCAUGUAACAAUCAAGAUAUACAUGGCAAUCUAAAACACACUGGUUGAUUAUAGAAAGAGCUAAUGUAGAGCUGCUCUUAAUUAUAGUAACAUUUCUAAGACCGCAUUUCGAAGCAAUCUUUCCUUUGUUUUCUAAAGUGGCUAGGGUUAUAGGAGUGUAUGGUAUUAAAUGAACUGUAAAAUUGCCUUUGAAAUUUGUUUAAAAGACUAGCAGUUGCGACCCUAGGGGAUGAUCAGUAAAUUUAAUAAAGAUUACAAAAAUGAAA